GGCCCAUUUUAGGUAAUCUAGACCACUGAUCUGUAGACCCCACCAUGGAGGGACCAUUACCAAAAAAAAAAAUCUCCCUCACUGGAAGACAUAUUCACUAGUCUUGCGACCCUUUUCAGUUGAGUGUGGAUCGUGUUCUUGACCGUCUACUUGUGGGCCACAAAUCAAAAGGUGACUAUCAGUCUAUCGAGGGGACUUUUCAAGCAUCACCCAUCUACGGUGGGAGACAAAAGAUCACUGGUACAGAUCAACGACCCAUGAACCCCAGUUGCCAGAACUGAAUAUCCAUCUAUACUGCAAAGCCUCGGGCCGUGGAUCCUAUAAUUCUCUCUUCCUUGAAAACGAAAACGUUCAAAACCCAAACUCAUCCCCUCCAUACGUAGGUGCACUCUUACCUCUCAAAUGGGGUGUAAGAUAAACACCUCUAAUUCUCCAAUCCUCUUCAAACUCUCCACAAGAACACCCACAACCAUCCCCUCUUCUAUUCCAGUCCAACCCAAAAGGCCCAAAACACAUUCCAUAACUUAUUCAUCAUCUUCCAACAAAGGCCCAAUCCCACAACGACCCACCACUACUGCAACCACUCAAAACCAACAGCUGAAAACUGUCCUUUACAAUGUGAAGUUCCAAACUCUAAGGUCCUGUAAGCUUGGCAUCUCCAGAUAUCCUGACUUUGAUUAUAAUGCCGAAGGAGGAACGGGAACAGCAGCGGGGACAAAGAACACUGCUAUUGUAUCCGACAAAAUCUCCAUCUCUUUCGAUGCGCAGACUCUCUAUAUUCCACCAUUGACGGAUUCAACGACAAGGUUCUUGGGAUUGCCAUUGCCGCCUUUUCUAAAGAUUGACAUCCUUCCAGAGCUCUUUCAGGGGACCAUCGAUGAAGAAACUGGACAGGUUGAUUUGGAAUUCAGAGCCAAGUUCCUGUUCUCUGUGGGGAGUAUCUACAGAGCUCCACCAUUGCUUGUUUCGACGGUGUUAACGUCAGAGGAAUCGAGGGGAAAGAUAAAAGGAGGGAGAGGCGAGAGAUUGGAUGGUGAAGGGAAGUGCAGGUUGGUUGGAGUGGCGACUGUCGAUCCCAUCAGUGAUCUUCUCAUGGAUUCAUUCCUUGGAUUGCCAACAGAAUGCCUUGCUGACUUGAAUGCAAUCAUCUCCAUCUCUACCUCUACCUGAGCUCUCUCACAUCCUAUCUUUACCAAUGUAAAGAGAAAGGCAAUGCCUUUACCUUUCUCGGAGCAGAUGAAACUCCCAUAGCCAUUAUAUUUCUCAUGCAAGCCCCGUAUGAGAUUUUAUAAACUUUUUUCCUUUUUCCUCUAUUAAAAGUGUGGAGAAGCACCCACGAAUCAUUAUCAUGGGCAGAAAAUUACCAAGAGACUGAAACCUACACCCUUUUUUCCCGCUUUCAUUAAUACCAUAUUAAAAUGUUGUACUGUUAUUAUAUUAUCAAAUGCAUAAGGGGUGUGAUCUAUCAAUAAAAUAGUAUCUCCCUAAAAACCUUGUAACAAUGUCAUUUUCUGCUGUACGAGCAUUUUUGGACAUUUCAGCUGCA